CGCGCCGCAUACGUCAUGUUUCAGGUUAGGCUGAGCUGUAUUUUCCUCUUCCUUUUUGGCUUUUUGUUUUUGGUUUUGUUUUUGUUUUUAUUUUUAUUUUAUUUCACCACUGUGGCUGAGGAGUUUGGAACUGAGUGAGUGGUGAUAGCGAUUGUUAGGUAUGAGAUGGGGUGCGUUUUGGGUUUAUGGUGUUUUGGUUGUUUUUGUUUUUCUGGAUUUGGUGGUAUGUGUGGUUUUGAUGUGAGGGGAUUUUUUGUUUUAUGUUUGGUCUCUAUAUGUAUGUAUGUUAUAGGUUCUGUAUGUACGAGAUAUGUUUCUAUCUACGAUAGUUGGUUAUUAGUAUAGGAGGUUAUGAUGGAUUUGAGGGUACUUGAUAAUAUUGUCGUGCUUUGUGUUUUGUUUCUUCGAGUACGGGACUCUGUCUUAUCUUAUGUGUCAUUUUGAACUAAGCGUUCAAGCGUGUUU